AUAUGCUCGUGGCAGUGCUGUCUGCUCUGGUUCAUGUUUCACAGUCCUAUAACAACGUGUCCAGCCAAUGUGCCGUUACGGAAUGCAGACCAAGGGACUGUACGGAUUUACUUGAGAGAGGCGUGAACGUCACGGGUGUUUACAAAAUAUUUCCUGAAGGCUCGAUUGGUUUCGAUGCUAGGUGCGACAUGGACACAGAUGACGGUGGAUGGACGGUCUUCCAGAGAAGAAUCAACGGCCACACAAAUUUCUACAAAACUUGGAACGACUAUUUACUGGGAUUUGGGAAUCUGAAUGAAAACUUCUGGCUUGGAAACCAGAACAUAGCUUUAAUGUCAUCACAGGGAUGGUAUGAAGUGAGGAUAGAUCUGACACACCCGACAACCGGUGAAAGGCGUUAUGCUGCAUAUCACGUGUUCUCGUUAGGUAAUGCUAAAACCAAAUUUUCUCUCUUCAUCGACGGUUACCAUGGCAACGCAGGUGAUGCAUUAUCCUUUCACAACAAUCGACAAUUUUCAACAAAGGACAGGGAUAAUGAUGCCACUAGUGGGGACUGUGCAGAUCUAUAUCAUGGUGGGUGGUGGUACAAAAAUUGUCAUGACGCAAAUUUAAAUGGCGAUUACGGAAACACGGCGUACGCAGAAGGCUUGGUCUGGAAGCAAUGGGCUGGUUACUACGUUUCGAUGUCAAGGUCGGAGAUGAAGAUUCGCAGAAAAUAAAUGAUUCGGUUUAUAUUGCUUCUGCAACAUACCGAUAAAAACGUUUGAUAUAACUAGAUAUUUAAUAGAUAUAUUGCGAAAAAUGAAUGAACAUGGAUAUUCACUGCACCACCUUUUUAAGAAACAAACACAGAUAAUUACAAACAGAAGCCGUUUUUGCGUAUCUUAAUUUUUAUGUUAUGUUGUAAAUGAGAUUUGUAUACAUUAUUUAUUAAAGUUUUCUGCAUUUCGUUAUAACUACCAAAAUGUUAGGCUUUCCUUUCCUGCUUAUAAAGAAAAGGCCAGACGCUAAUAUAUUGUUAUUUACUUUUUCUGUUUUUGUUAUUUGUGCCGAACUGGAAGUUAAAAAUACCUUCGUUUUCCAUCAU